AUGUCACUCGCCGACUAUCUCGCAAAAAAGUACCUCACCGCCGACGCACCCGCCGAGAAGAAGACCAAAAAGCGCAAGAGAAAGCCCGGAGCAGCAGCAGCCGCCGAAUCUAGCGGCGGCCUCGUCAUCGCCGACGACGAUGUCACCGGCUGGAACAACGGGCCCCAGGCGCAAGACGACGAAGACGCCCCCAUGAUGGCACCUCCCCAAAACGCCUCCCUCCACCACCCAUUUCCUCCUCCUCCUCCUCCUCCACCUUCCUCUCCCUCUCCCUCCACAACUCCCACCGCUAACCCCCCACCCCCACGCCCCACAGUCGGCACCGCCGCCAGCGCCGAAUUCCGCAAAAAAGCCUCGAGCACCUGGAAGACCGUGGGCGCCGCCGCGCCCACGUCGGCCGACCAAGCCGCGGCCGACGCCAUCAUCGCGUCCGCGGCGGCCGAAAACGCCGCCCGCGACGCCGCGUCGCGCGGGGACGACGACCCCAUGAUCGUCGACAACGAAAACGACGACGACGAAAACGACGACGACGGCCCCGCCCUCGAGAACGGCGCGCGCGCGGGAUUGCAGACGGCGGCGCAAGUGACGGCGGCGGUGGAGAAGCGGCAGCGGGCGGAAAGGCGGAUGAUGGAGGAGGCGAUCAAGGAAGCGGGCGGUGGAGUCGCGGGGUCGACGGAGACGAUAUAUCGCGACGCGAGCGGGCGGAUCAUCAACGUGGCGAUGAAGCGGGCGGAGGCGCGGCGGGCGGCGGAGGAGGCGGAGGCGGCGCGGCGGCGGGAAGAAGAGGAGGCGAAGGGGGACGUGCAGCGGGCGGAGAGGGAGGAGCGCGGGAGGCGGUUGCGGGAGGCGAAGUAUUUGACGGUGGCGAGGGGGGCGGAUGAUGCGGAGAUCAAUGAGGAGAUGAGGGGGAAGGAGAGGUGGAGCGAUCCGGCGUUGGCGUUUUUGUCGAGGAAGAAGGAGGGGAAGAGCAGGACGGGGAGGCCGUUGUACAAGGGCGCGUUUGAGCCGAAUCGGUAUGGGAUCAGGCCUGGGCAUAGGUGGGACGGGGUGGAUAGGAGUACGGGGUUUGAGAGGGAGUGGUUCAGGUCGCGGAAUGCGAGGCAGAAUCGGGCGAAUUUGGAGUAUGCGUGGCAGAUGGAUGAGUAG